UCGGCCGAGGAAGAACUAGAACGCGAUGAAUCCAUUAACGUUGGUAAAGCGAUUGCAAAACAUAACCGCUAAAGAAGCAGAUUUAGGGAUAUCGGAGGAAGCAUCAUGGCACGCCAAGUACAAAGAUUCAGCUUACAUCUUUGUCGGCGGCCUUCCCUUCGAUCUCACCGAAGGCGAUCUCCUCGCUGUUUUUGCCCAAUAUGGAGAAAUUGUAGAUGUUAAUCUUGUUAGAGAUAAGGGUACUGGGAAAUCAAGAGGCUUUGCUUUUCUUGCUUAUGAGGAUCAAAGAAGUACAAUCCUAGCUGUAGAUAAUCUUAAUGGGGCACAGAUUUUGGGUCGAAUUAUAAGGGUUGAUCAUGCUGAAAAGUAUAAGAAGAAAGAAGAAGAAGAUGAAGAGGAAGAACAGAAGAGGAGGGAGGCCAGAGGGGUUUGUCGUGCUUUCCAGAGAGGUGAAUGUACUCGUGGCGCUGGAUGUAAAUUUUCCCAUGAUGAGCAAAGAGCUGCAAACACUGGUUGGGGUCCUCAGGAUAAAAGUUCAAGAUGGGGAAAUGACAAAUUUGAGGGUUCAAAAAAGAGUGAGAAAAGUUUUGGUAUGCAGGAGCGUGCAGUUCUAGAAGGUAUUCGACCUGCAAAGGGUGCUGAGAAGACCUUAGAGAAAAGUGAUGGGAGGGAAGGGAAGAGAUCUAGAAGGUACGAUGAUAAAGAUGCUGGACCAACAUCAAGAGAAGAUUAUAAUCAUAGAGAAGAAAAGAGAUCAACACGGCAUAAUGAUGAUGAUUGGUAUAGAAGGGAAGAAAGAGGAUCUAGAAGGCACAAUGAUAGUGACUUUGAGCCAAGGUCAGGAGAAGAUCGUUAUAGGAGGGAUGAAAAGAGAUCAAAAAGGCAUGGUGAUGAUGGAUAUAGGGCUAGAAUAAAAGAAGAUAGGAGGGACGAAAAUAGAUAAAAAAAGCACGGUGAUGAUCAUUUGGAGCCAAGGCCUAAUGGAGAUUGUGACAGGAGAGAAGAAAGAAAAAUAUGGAAUGAAUCAGAAUCUUAUCCAAGAGAAGAUUGUGAUAGGAGAGGUGGGGAGACCUAUAACAGGGAUUCUUCAUCGCAUCAACAUGCAGAGAGGGGUGAUCAUGACCGUAAGUCUGAUAGAUAAACUUUUUAUAUAUGCAGAGAUGUGCUUGACCUUGUAUGGUGGAAGGUGCACUUCUCUCAUAUUUGAAAGUCCUUAUCUACUUAAUUUGGCCUGGGUUUAUCCUAACCUUUGUUUGAAGUAUCUGUAUUCAUCAUAAAUAUUUCAUAGGCAUUUCACAAUUUUUGUUAUUUUCAGAUGGUUUGUUGUUCACUGUUUAAUUGGUAAUUCGAUUUGAUUAAGUUUUAGAGCA